UAGAGAGAGAGAAAGAGAGAAGGGAAAGGCCUCGUCGUGAGCAGAUUCUCCUCAGGCUUUGGGCCUCCUUCCUUCCUCCCUUCCUUCCCUGCGAGGAGAAGGAAGGAGGCGGGGGCAGCCCCGCUGCUGCUGCUGCUGCUGCUGCUGUGUGUCCGUGUCCGGCCUAGUCCCCUCCCUCCCUCCUCGGUGGCUCCCGAGUCUUCUCUCCGCUGCUUGGGCCUAAAAAAGGGCCUCAUCACGACGACGACGACGAGGAGGAGAAAACGAGAGCUUUCCCCUCCCUCAUGUAGGCCCUGGAGCCGGGCGGGAGGCUUCUAGGAAGAUAAUAAUGGCGGAUUUGUCGCUACUCCAAGAGGACCUGCAAGAGGAGAUUGAGGGAUUUGGUGUGGAUGACUACAGCUCAGAGUCUGAUGUGAUUAUUAUACCUUCAGCCCUGGACUUUGUCUCACAAGAUGAAAUGUUGACGCCUCUGGGAAGAUUGGACAAGUACGCUGCAAGUGAGAAUAUUUUUAAUAGGCAAAUGGUGGCUCGAAGUUUAUUGGACACUUUGAAAGAAGUGAGUGAUGAUGAAAGAGAUUGUAUUGCUGUAUUGGAAAGAGUCAGCAGGCUAGCAGAUGAUUCAGAGCCAACAGUACGAGCAGAGUUAAUGGAACAAGUGCCUCAUAUUGCUAUGUUUUGUCAAGAAAAUAGGCCUUCAAUCCCUUAUGCUUUUUCAAAAUAUUUAUUACCCAUUGUGGUGCGAUAUCUUGCAGACCAGAAUAACCAGGUGAGAAAAACAAGUCAGGCAGCAUUGCUUGUUCUGUUAGAGCAAGAACUUAUUGAGCGAUAUGAUGUGGAGACCAAAGUAUGUCCAGUUCUUGUAGAAUUGACUGCUCCAGACAGCAAUGAUGAUGUGAAGACAGAAGCUGUGGCAGUAAGUAGAAGAGUGAAGUUAUGUGCACAGCAGUUACAGUCCACUAUUCUUGAAGCUGAUAAAGAUAUUCUCGCCUUUUAUCGGGUGAAGAAGCUGGAAUAUUAUUUGAACAUUUGUCAGAAUCAUUGCGUUCUGAUAAUAUAUAUAUGUAUUCUUUUUCAGGUGUGUGCAGCCAAUUUUGGUGAUAUUUGUAGUGUAGUUGGACAGCAAGCCACUGAAGAAAUGCUACUACCUAGGUUUUUCCAGCUUUGUGCUGAUAAUGUGUGGGGAGUGCGAAAGGCAUGUGCUGAAUGCUUUAUGGCUGUUUCAUGUGCCACAUCACAAGAGGUCCGUCGGACAAAACUAUCAACACUUUUUAUUAAUCUUAUCAGUGACCCUUCGCGAUGGGUCCGUCAAGCUGCCUUUCAGUCCCUGGGGCCUUUUAUAUCGACAUUUGCUAACCCGUCCAGCAGUGGCCAGUUUUUUAAAGAAGAUGAAUGUAAAAACACUGAGGAUCAGAGCUUUGCAGAGGAAAAUAGCAAUGAAAGUAUGGUGGAAACAGAAGAAAUUCCAACCCAUGAUAUGCAAAGCCAAACAGAUCUGCUUUUAGAUGAUGAUGUGACUGAUUCUGCAGAGACCCUUGAAAAUGGCGAGGAAGAGAGUAACUCCGUAUUGGCUCAUUCCCAGGCUGAGGCAUUUUUACGUUGCACUUUGUCUCCAGAGUCAUGUAAAGAAACUGCAGAUGUGAAUGAACAGCCUUUUGUUCACUAUAGCAUAGCAGAGCUAACUGCACCUGCACUGAGUUCCAAGGAAAACUCUCUUUCAGAGCAGGAACUGUAUAAUUCAUUCCAUUUCUGGAGGACUCCACUUCCCAAGAUAGAUAUUGAUUUAGAGCUUCAAGAACCUGCAAAAAUACUUGAUUCAGAAACUCAGAAAGGAGAACAGGAGGUUGUUGCAUCCACUUCUUCAAACAUUACCAUGGCUACAAGGAAGGAGUUAGAAGAAAUGAUAGAAAAUUUGGAGCCUCAUAUGGAUGAUCCAGAUGUUAAAGCACAAGUGGAGGUGCUCUCUGCUGCUCUCCGGGCCUCAAGUCUGGAUCCUCAGGAGGAAGCUGCCACAGGCAAUAGCAAGUCAGUGGAUUGCCAGAGUGACUUGAACAUCAAAGACCAACUGAACUGUAAAUUAAUUCAGAAUAAUACGGUGCCUUUAAUCAAUGAUGCUGUUGAGGACAUUGUAGAAUCUGCUCUUCGUUAUAUUCAUCAUGAUUCUGACUUAAGUACCAACAGUAGUUUCAGUCCUGAAGAAGAGAAGAAAUCCAAAAUUCAGGAUGUUGUACCUCAGGCCUUGCUGGAUCAGUAUUUAUCUAUGACAGAUCCAUCUCGAGCUCAGACUGUUGAUACAGAGAUUGCAAAGCACUGUGCCUAUAGCCUUCCAGGUGUGGCUCUGACCUUAGGUAGACAGAACUGGCACUGUCUGAAAGAUACCUAUGAGACUCUAGCCUCUGAUAUGCAGUGGAAAGUUCGAAGAACACUAGCAUUCUCAAUACAUGAACUUGCUGUCAUCCUUGGAGACCAGCUUACAGCUGGGGAUCUGGUUCCAGUCUUUAAUGGCUUCUUAAAGGACCUGGAUGAAGUCAGGAUCGGUGUGCUUAAGCAUCUGCAUGAUUUUUUGAAGCUUCUUCACCCUGAUAAAAGGCGAGAAUAUCUUUAUCAGCUUCAAGAAUUCUUAGUUACAGAUAAUAGCAGAAACUGGCGUUUCCGAGCAGAGCUAGCUGAGCAACUGAUCUUGCUUCUAGAUCUGUACAGUGCCAGAGACAUAUAUGACUACCUGCGACCUAUUGCUCUCAGCCUUUGUGCAGACAAGGUCUCAUCUGUUCGUUGGAUUUCCUACAAGUUGGUUAGUGAAAUGGUAAAGAAGCUGUAUAAUGAUCCAAUGUCAACAUUUGUGGUCGAUCUCAUGAAUGAACUAGUGGAAAGGUUCUGCAGAUGCCCCAAAUGGUCUGGUCGCCAAACAUUUGUGUUUAUUUGCCAGACUAUUAUUGAAGAUGACUGUUUGCCAAUGGACAAGUUUGCUGAGCAUCUAUUGCCCCAUUUACUACACUUGGCCUCGGAUAGAGUUCCCAAUGUUAGAGUCCUACUGGCAAAAACCUUGAGGCAAACACUUCUAGAGAAAGAAUAUUUCCUAAUGUGUGUCAAUUCCCAUCAAGAAGCGGUGGAACAGACAAUCGUGGCCCUCCAGAUGGAUAAUGACAAUGAUGUAAAAUAUUUUGCAAGUAUCCACCCGGCCAGUACCAAAAUUGCAGAUGAUGCUAUGAGCACAGCCUCUUCGACUUACUAAAGUACACGCUGAAUGUUUCUUUAAUUUUAAUAAAAAAACAAAAGCAUUACAAAAUCGCAGGCAAUCCUCAAGUGCUCCUAAAAUGGAUGACCGAAACCUCUUUUUUAUGGAGGACAGAAUCUCUUGCCAGACUUUGACUUCACUUGGAUUUUAUCUGAACCUGAGACCAAGAAUUUAGAGUCAAGAGAAAAAUAAAUAAACAUUACCUGUUGAAUCUUGACUCUAGAAAAACUUUGCUCAGAGGAUUGUAUUUGCCACCGGAGCCUUAAAUCUUCUGUCUUCCUGAAUAUGUGAAACUUGAAUUGGCGGAGCAUUUUCAGUAUAGAAGGGAAGUGAUUCCCAGAGAUUGGUAUUUGUUACCUCCUGAGGAGUUAACUUAGCAAGCUGUUUUUCCCUUUAGGAACUGAUAGCAGAAAUUUUCAUAGCCUGUAAAAGAUGGUUUUGUACCAAGAAGCAAGAGACACCUCCAGUAUUAGCUAUUAAAGUUUUUAUCCUUGAAAAUACUUAAUUUGUGUGCAGCUGGGCACAUCCUUAAGUGUGAAUAGUUUUGAUGUAUGUAAAUGAGGGAAAAGUAGAGAUUUGGUGUUUGGGUUUUUUUUCACCUUAAGGGCUCAGUGCUAACACUAAACUGGAAUCUUGAUUUUAAUCCUUAAAACACAGCAUAUUGCUGUACCCAUUAGCAGAAAUUUCCGCUGAGUACCUGUGUCCUAAUGUAUGUGUUUUUCAUGCUGGUCAUGACCUGAAGGAAACUUAUUAGCACAUGUACUUCAAGUCAGGUAUUUUUAACUUGAUCAUGAUCAGCUCUGAGGUGCAACUUUUUCAUCAUACAGUGUACAUAUCUGUGAUCACUCUCAGGAGUGCUGCAGUCUUUAAUCAUGCUGUUUCAAACUGUUGUGUUAAAAUGUUCUGUCGUCCAAAUAAAAAAAAUAUUAAUAAGA